GAUAAGGCACCUUAACUUAAGUUGUAUAUCAAGAUAACGAGGUCAUAAUUAUUGAAGAUAAGUUCAAUCUAGUUCAUUGGAAGAAAAUGAACAUGCUUUUCAAAGUUGGCAUUCCCCUUCUGUUAACGUUUUGUUUGUCAUGUGUCGACGGAUUAACCUGUCUAUCGUGUAAUGGUGUGGCUGAUAUCAACGAAUGUCUUUCGACUGAGGCAACCUGUCAAAAUAGUAACGAGGAGUGUUAUCUCGACAAAACAAUUCUCCCGAGUCUCAAAGCUGUGUUUUCUGCCGGUUGCAGAUCAAAACAGGUUUGUGAUUUAUUUGCUGCCGCAAGUGCUGGGAAAAGAGAUACUUCAAGGACAAAGAGGGAAACAGUGGCCUGCGCCGCGUGCUGUACGACAAGCUCAAAUAAUUCAACAGGAAUACCGUGUAACGGAUAUCUGUGUGAGCAAAAACCAAAAUCUGAUAUAACAACUUGUGGUGUAUGUGAUAAAAUUGCAGACCCAAAGACAUGUUCUGUAAUACAGGACUGUCCACCAAAUGAAGUGUGCACCGCAGAAUUGAUUUUUGCCAAUAAUCAACUUGUACACAGACUUGGAUGUGAGAGAAAAGAUGUAUGCGAUGUCACAUUGAAAGGUUACAAGGACGCAAAUCCUGGAAAAUAUACUGGUCCGCAGCGCAAAAGAGUAGAUGGUGAAAUAGUUCUUUGUUCUUCUUGUUGUGAUACACGUACCUGUAAUAAGGCGGACUGUAAAUCAUUGAUAAACAUACAGCCAUGCUACAAUAAAACCCUAUGUUGAUGAAAAACAGCAGCACUCUACACGUUUUUCCAUAAAGUUCAACAGGUUUUUUUUCGAAUAAAGCAUCUUUACUUGACACAUACAUAAAAAUAAAAGCCAAUAUUGAAUUUCA